AGUACAUUUGCCAACUUUUGCGUAUAACACGCUCUAUUUCUAACUCCAUAAUAAUAAUAUUACUAUUUUUUUUUACAUCUCUAUUUUGGAUUCUUCAUCCAAUUUUGUUUUUUUUUCUCUUCUUUCGAUAUUCUCCAAAUUCUUCUCAGAUUGAUCUGCUAUCUUUUUUUAAUCUCGAUCCAUGUCGGUUAAAACAGUGCAAGUGAACAAUGUUUCUUUGGGUGCUAAAGAGCAAGAUAUCAAGGAGUUCUUCUCCUUCUCUGGGGAUAUUGAAUAUUUAGAGAUGAAAGGUGAGAGUGAGCGAUCACAAGUUGCUUAUGUAACAUUCAAGGAUCCUCAGAGUGCAGAGACCGCAGUUCUUCUUUCAGGAGCUACAAUUGUUGAUCAGUCCAUCUCAAUAGUCCUAGCACCCGAGUACAAGCUCCCACCUACAGCUUCAGUAUCACCAGUUCCAAAUGAAACCACCACUGCACCCGCUGCUGGAUCUGCUAUUCAAAAGGCAGAGGAUGUAGUCAGCAGCAUGUUGGCAAAGGGCUUUAUCUUGGGCAAGGACGCAGUUGGCAAAGCCAAGGCACUAGACGAGAGACACAAGAUCACAUCCACUACCUCAGCCACAGUUGCUUCUAUAGACCAAAAAUAUGGCCUUAGUGAGAAAAUCACUACAGGAGCGACGAUUGUGAACCACAAAGUGAAAGAAAUGGACCAGAAGUUCCAAGUCUCAGAAAAGUCAAAAUCUGCUUUUGCAGCUGCUGAACAGACAGUUAGCAAUGCUGGAUCUGCCAUCAUGAAGAACAGAUAUGCUUUGACCGGUGUAACUUGGGCUGCAGGUGCAUUAAGUCGAGUCACUAAGGCUGCCGGGGAAGUGGGACAGAAGACAAAGGAAAAACUGGCUGAAGAAGAAAGAAGAACUUUUACUAAAGGUCAUGCACAAGAAAAUACUGCAACUUCAACAAAAGGUAGUGUGCAACAACAAGCUGCAGAUUCCGCUAAAGGUGAUGUCCAAGAACUCACUCCAGCUUCUGCUAAAGGUGAUGUGCAAGAACUUGCUGCAGCUUCUGCUAAAGGUGAUGUGCAAGAACUUGCUACAGCUUCUGCUAAAGGUGAUGUACACGAACUUGCUGCAGCUUCUGCCAAAAGUGAUGUGCAAGAGCAUGCUGCAACUUCUGCUAAAAGUGAUGUGCAAGAAGUUGCAGCAACUUCUGCAAAACAAGAACAUACCGAGACUCAAACCGGAGUUGAGGAAUCCACCAAUCCCUCUCUUCCACCAAAAGCUUAAUCCAACAUUAUCUUGAAAGUAAAUGCGUGAUUUACGCUAGUUUGUUAUUCGAAUUUGCACAGGUCAUUAUGUAUCAACUAUGGUAUUUAUACAUGGAAUUUUAUUUCUUAGGUAUGUUGAGCCUAAACAUGAUUCUUGUAGGAGAGAUAUUUUUUUCUAACAAAAAAAGGGAUUUGCAGGAGA